CAGUGACAGGAAACUAGCACAUUCCGUUCGGUCAGGCAACAGGAAGGGUGGAUACGUGUUGUAAAAAAUGUGUGAAAUGUCUUGAGUUCUACACGUAAAUUUUUCGGAUGCCACCAAAAGUGGACGAACAUACACCCAUCGAGAGCUCAAUGAGUAAUGAACCCAUUCUGGAGCAUGUCGACAAACGCUGGUCGAAAGAGAUCUGACGGCGAAGAGCAGAGUGGUCAGGGGGAGCAGAGAGCCAGUCCAGCUCGACCUCAGUUUGGCAAGAAGCAGCUUCCCUCCAUCCCAAAGAAUGCAGUCCCCAUCACUAAAGCUGCCUCAACCGCCUCUACACAGUCAGCUAAUGGUACCCAUGCCUCAUAUGGGCCUUUCUACCUGGAGUACUCGCUACUUGCUGAGUUCACAUUGGUGAUCAAGCAGAAGCUCCCCGGCAUCUAUGUACAGCCUUCAUACAGAUCAGCAUUAAUGUGGUUUGGAGUCAUUUUCAUUCGACACGGCUUGUACCAGGAUGGUGUGUUUAAGUUUACUGUGUACAUUCCUGAUAACUACCCAGACGGAGACUGCCCUAGGGUGGUUUUUGACAUGCCAGUUUUCCACCCAUUAGUUGACCCGGUCUCUGGUGAGCUUGAUGUGAGGAGAGCUUUCACCAAAUGGAGACGAGCUCACAACCAUAUCUGGCAGGUUCUUAUGUACGCACGUACACUCUUCUACAAGAUCAACACCAUGGAUCCACUUAACCCAGAAGCCGCUGUACUGUAUGACGAAGACAUCCAGCUUUUCAAAAGCAAGGUUGUAGACAGUGUAAAGUUUUGCAAUAGCCACCUGUUUGACCAGCCCAAGAUAGAUGAUCCUUAUGCAGUAAGCUUCUCUCCAUGGAAUCCAGCGGUGCAUGAGGAGGCAAAAGAGAGGCUGUUUGCACAUAAAAGACGACCUGAGGAUUACAGAGGAUUGCCGGUGUCUGGGCUGUCUUGGGUGAAGCCUGGUACCACUCAGCCUUUUAGCAAAGAGGACAACCCCCUUCAGACAUGAACCUUCAGUACCUCUGUCUGUCCAGCAGGAGGGGCGCUAAGCUACUGUUGCUGUGUUGAACCACAUAAAUUGAAUUCUGAGGCAGUUCUAUGAACAUUUGCAACACUCACUUAGCUUUAAAAGAUUUUUAAAUGGCUGAAAUGGCUUUAUCUGUAAAAAUUUUCCCAGUAUAGAUCUAAUGACUCUUCUCAUUCAUUUCGAUGCAGAGGCUUGAAGUCAGGCAGAGCUUGUUCUAUUCAAUAAUGUAACUUGCACAUGUUAAAGGUUACCAGCACAACAAACCACCUCACUUGUUUGUGUUGGUCAUAAAUAUGCCCUGAUUUUGUUGCAGAUAAUUUCUCAUUGAAUUCCUUUUACACUGGUUUUCCUUUUCCCUCUAAACUGUAGUGCUUUUAAUUUCAGAUGGGACAGAACACUUUUUUUUUUUUUUUUUUUUUUAUAUAUAUAUAUAUAUAUAUAUAUAUAAACCUUUUGUUAUAAAAAUCCUUUGUAUGUAAUGGUUUUAAUGUAAGAUGCUGCACAAGAUAAAUGCUAUUCAUUAAGACUAAGUUAAUCCUUAAUGUAAUUCACUUUGUGUCCUAAUUGCUCAAACUAAAAAGGUUUGUGUAAAUAGUGGAGCAGUUCAAUUAAAUGAAUAGCCUCUUUAGUGGAGUCCACAACUCUUCAAUUAUUUAUCUAGAAAUGUACAUUUGAUAUAAAUUCAAUUAAGAUUGUUUUGCUGUCUUAUGAUGCCCAUUUCUUUUUAAUGUCUAUUUUGGGUGGUUUCAGUGAGAAUGCUGAUGUGAGCUCAGCUGUAAGUAAUGGAAGGGUUUUUUUUUUUUUGUUUUUUUGAAAUGUGAAUAAUUGAUAAAUUGUACUUAAUGAUUUGUUAACCCCAAAAAGAAAAAAAUCUAUUAUUUACUCACCCUCAUGUUGUCCCAAACCCAAAUGACUUAAUUUCUGUGGCACACAGUUUUUAGGCACAUUAGCCUCGGCUACCGUUUAUUUUCAUUGUAUGGAAAAUUGAUAAAAAAUGGUGACAGGCUAACAAGACAGUAUUAUAGACCUUAUUCACAUCAGCACACUCUUAUGUUUGUUUUAGAUGUGCUGUCUCUUCAGGGGGUAGUACAGUUGUUUAAAGUGUUUUUGGCUUGUCCCACUGAUGAAACGCUGGAAAACUAUUAAAGUAAUUUUCUUGUUUUCA